CCAGAAUAAGUUUUGGUGUCUGACUUUUCGUUUCGCUCGUCACGAAAGGUUUUAAGUUGUAGGAAAUUUCUGUAUUCUAAUUUAAUUAAUAGAUUUUUGCCUUAAAAUGUUCCUUUUAAAAUUUAGCGUCCUCUGUUUAGUUUUUACCAGCUCAACAAAGCUUCGGUUACGGCCUGCCUUAGUAUAGAAAAUGUCCUUUAUUUACAAGACUGUAGUGUAUCUGUAAAGUUGAUUUCGUUUGUGCGGAAAUAUUUAUAAUUCACAAUGGAUAAAGGAGUGACGUGUGAGCAUUUGAAUAAGCUUACAGACUCCCUCGGGAAGGAGCUAUGGCAAACAAAAGAGACGUUAACAUGUUUUGACUGCGGCUGCCCGGGUCCCAACCUCUGGAUCUGCCUACAACCUGAAUGCCAUCAUAUAGGUUGUUCCGAAGUGAAGAAUGACCACAGCACAAUUCACCAAAAGAACUUUCCAACGCAUUGCGUCCACAUGAACGUCUCCACAGAGAGGAUAUGGUGCUAUCUGUGCGAGAAGGAGGUCCAUGUCAGGGCUGCGUUGGCGCAACCGGUGAGUCCCGAUUCAACGUCCCUAGAUGGGUCAAUCAGCAGUGCCCGUUUCGGUUCUCUCGGCAUUGGCUCGCCUGACGAUGACCUGGACCCGGAUGAUAUGGAUUAUGAAGACGAGACGCGGCAUAGAGCCGGUCUAGUGGGCCUCCAAAAUAUGGGUAACACGUGCUACAUGAAUGCAGCGUUACAAGCGCUCAGCAACACCGCGCCGCUGACGUCGUACUUCCUGGAGUGCGGCGCCGCGGUCGCUAUACUGGCGGCCGACAAGAAGCCCGGCCUCAGUCGUGCAUACCAAAAAUUAAUCAAAGAAAUGUGGAGUAGGAAGACUAGAGGAUACGUCGUACCCAAUGGGAUUCUAUAUGGAAUACGUAGUGUACAUCCGAUGUUCAGGGGUUACCACCAACACGACACACAGGAGUUUCUGCGCUGCUUCAUGGACCAACUGCACGAAGAGCUGAAAGAGCCGGUAUAUGACAAUACGCCUGAGGACAAACUCAGCUCUGAAGCAGACGGCGACCAUCAAGAGAAUAGGAAUUUGCAGGUCAGGCGGCGAGCGGCGUCGUCGGGAGCGAGUGAUGCGCCUUUCUUCGCGCGAGUGAGACGGAAAUCGCCUGCUGCUUCUUCUUACAGCGAGUCUAGAACUGAUGGCUAUCUCAGGGAUAGCGUCCCCGCGGCCAACCACCGGCGCUCCGCCAGCUUCGGCGGCGCCCGACAUCUGGCCUACAAGGCUUUAGCUGAUAACUUCAAUGGUGGUGAGACGCUAACAGGCGACGUGGGCUCGGAAUCGGAACUGUCGUGUUCGAGCGAGGCCGAGGAACGAUACGAGACUUGUUCCAGCGGCGCCAGCGACGCCGCGGACUCUAAACCCGAGAAGACCACCAAGGCGGGGCGGGCGGGGUCGAGCGGCGACGGCGACGGCAGCGCGGUGCGCUACCGGAGCGUCGUAUCCGACGUGUUCGACGGGAAGCUGCUGUCCUCAGUGCAGUGCCUCAUCUGUGACCGGGUUUCGACCCGCGUGGAGACUUUCCAGGACCUAUCGCUGCCAAUCCCAUCAAGAGAACAUUUGGCGGUGUUGCGGUGUCAACAGCCGCCGCACAACACUGCUACCACACAAGAGUCUUGGGUGUGGUGGUUGCUUAGUUGGCUGCGGUCGUGGUUCUACGGCCCCAUAGUGUCGUUACAAGAUUGCCUCGCCGCCUUCUUCAGCGCGGACGAACUCAAGGGCGAUAAUAUGUAUAGUUGUUCCCGCUGCAACAAAUUACGCAACGGCGUCAAAAUGUCCGGCGUCGUCCGUCUGCCGGAAGUGCUGUGCGUGCACCUGAAGCGCUUCCGGCACGAGCUCAUGUUCAGCGCCAAGGUCGCCGCCAGGGUCGCCUUCCCCGUGCACGACCUCAAUAUGGCGCCAUACACACACAAAGAUUGCACAUCAAAAGUGACCCGCUACGAGCUAUGCGCGGUGAUCUGCCACGCGGGCACAGCCGGCGGCGGACACUAUACUUGUGUGGCCAAAAAUGGAAGGAAUUGGUACACAUACGACGACCUCUGUAUAGCACCCCUCCCUUCACACCAUCUGGCGCAUUGCGAGGCAUAUGUGCUCUUCUACAAAAAAGUGAAUCCCCAAAUGACGUUGUUACGCCAGAAGGCGGCAGAAAUAAUAAACUCUACGACUGUGGACCCCAACGACAUCAAAUUCUAUAUCUCCAAGCAGUGGAUCAAUAAAUUCAACACGUGGGCGGAGCCCGGGCCCAUAGACAAUAGUGACUUCGUUUGCUGUCACGGCGGCGUGCGGCCAGAGAGGGCUCAGAAUUUGCAGCAUUUGGCCACCCUAGUGCCCGGCGUCUUGUGGCAGUUUCUACAUGAACACCUGGGCGGCGGGCCGACACUGUCACUGGGCGCCGCGCGCGCGUGCGCGGGCUGCGCGUGCGCCGCGCGCUCGCUGCGCGCGCGCCGCGACCACGAGCUCUCCGCCUUCUACGAUCUGCACGCUGUAUUCCAGGAACAGGAACGCCCGCGCGCGAUCUACGCAAUAAGUAUGCACUGGUUCCGCCAAUGGCAGGCCUUCGUCCGCAACAAGAGCCAGCCCCCGCCGCCGGUCGACAACACAGGGAUUGUUACCAAACAGGAAAUCGACGGAGUCACCACGUACACCCUAAAACAAGGAUCAGACCACGCACAACUCAGCGAAGAACUGUGGAGGUUCUUCACUGACAUCUACAGCGGGGGACCGGAGGUCAAACUCACCCCCACACUCGCCCCCGCCCCCCAGGAACACACCACCAAACCCGUAGAGCCUAGAAGACUCUCUAGGAAAUAUUCAGAAUCGGACAAGGAAGAAUACUGCACAAAAUCUACAUCAGAAAUGAACAUCCGUGACUCAAUCCAAACGGAACUCCAAAAGAAUCAAUCGUUACAAAAUAUCAACAGGCAAUACAAAAAGGCAGAGUCCGACGAUGACGUCAACUACAAGUUUUACAAACGUCACGAGCCGAAUGGCAACUACCAAGAUUCAGAUGAAGAAAUGGAAGCGAUCCCGCUGCAAUAUGUCAACACGGUGAAAAUGGAGAACGGUGUGGACAGUUCGGACCAUGAUGCCAAUGACAAUCCAGUGUGUAACAAAAAAUCUGACGAGCUACCAAAUCUAGACAGUAUAUCGCUUAAGGCCAAGCCGUCGAAAAGCAAGAGAAAAAUGAGAAAGCGGACAGUGAAAUGAUUCUAUCUAGCGUUCCAAUUCGUACACAGGUUAAGGAGGAUGGUGUGCUCUAGGGACAGUGUGUGAAGUGAACAUUCCUAUUGGUGACUGGUGUAUAGUGCAUUUAGUGGGAGCCCUGGACAGUUAUGUUUUUGCGUUUUACAUGCUCUGUUCAGGUGUCGGUGGUGAUUGUGACGGGAAAUUUUAUCUGGCGCGUAAAACACUAAGGUUGUGACAUGAAAGAAAUUUUGCCACGUCUAUCAAUAUGGCUUACAUAUUAUAAUAUGUAAUUUCGAGAGUUUAUUUAAUCUAUAUUAUUUUUCACACAAUUUUAAUAAGAUAACUAAUAAAAUAAGUUUUAUUUUAGGCUUCUUUCAUGAAUUUUAUUGUCAUAACACUAAAUGUAGACUUGACUAAAGAUUCUAAACUACUAAAACUAACUAAAGGCCUGGACAGGAAGUGUAUGUAACUGAACAAAUAUUCAUUUUUGUGUGAUGAAUGCAUGUGACCAAAAUUUGUUUUUAGUCGAUUAUAAUCUGAAUCGAGCAUGUAAUGCGCGCUAUAAAUCUAAAAAAUUAUGUGUAGUUAAAAUAAAGCAUAUUCUUAUGAUUGUUUUCUAAUUCAUAAGUUGAAUACAUUUUAAAGCAAUAACUGUAAAUAAUAGGAUAUAUAUAAUAUAUAUAUAACUUCUGUGAGAAGUUCUUAUACAUAUGAAAUAGAUAGUCAAAAAAGUAUAUACUGGUCUCAGGGCUCCAGUCUAGCCUUAUGUAGGAAGCGAGACUAUAUAAAAAAAAAAGUAUAUAAUUUUUCUACUUUUCAUAUUUUCUCUAAAACCUGAUACUAUGCAUUUUUUUCUAUUUUACAUUGUAAUUUUCUAUACAAAAUUAUAUAAACGAAAUAUCAACGAAUAGAUGUUUUAUAUAUUGGUCUCGUUUUCUAUAUUAUAUCCUCGAAACUCGGAAACGUCAUUCGAGCAAAAAUAUUCUCUAUAUCUAUAUAAUAGAAGGUACACAAUUGCAAAUAGCGUUUCGGAGUGCGUAGAUAAAGGCGAUAAAAGGAUAUUUUUCUAAAUUGUAUGUAAAUGUGCGGCCGCCGAGCGCGACUCGGCAGGGAUAGUAUUUUUAGUACAAUUAUUUGGUUCAAAUUCAAGUAGACGAAUUAGAUACUUGAAUGGUGUUAAUCGAACUGUAUAUUUACAUUAAUUAAUGUAUAUCUUGUAAAAUUUCGCGAUGUUAACCAUGAGUUCGGUUUAACUCGUCGGACGAUAUCAUUUUUACGAAAGUUUAAAAUGUAGUCAUCACGCAAUGUGUAAUUAAUUGAAGAUUGAUUUGUUUGUUUAAAAUUGACAUAAGUCAAUUUUGAUGGAUCGUAGCCUAAAUCACAAUAUUACGCAAAAGUAAACACAAACAGUAUACAAAACCAUAAAGCUGGAGUACUUCUUGAUUCCAUACUUUUUUGAGAAUCAAUAGAUUUAAUGUGAAAAGUGCAAUUGUUACUGACUUCAAUUAAUUAAUAUAUAAAAUACAUACCUCCAAAGUCAAUUUUAUAACUAUGCCUAUAUAUGAAUGCCAAUAAAAUAAUAAUUUAUCCCUACGACAACGUCUUCUUUGCGAAAUGUCGCGUCAAGAACUUAAAAGAAAAUUCGGAUUUUUAAGAAAUUUUAUUUAUCAGUUCAUCAUUAUGAGUUAUAGAGUAAAUAAAUCGGGAUAUUAUAACUUGGUUAGUAAGGUUUUUUUCAUUAAUAACAAAUUCUUUUUCUUUUAGUUCAACAUUUUUAUUCACGUCCCGAUUUCGCGUGAAGCCUUAUAAAUUGUUCUUUCUUACUGUCAGCUCUAAUAAAGUUUCGUACCAGUGUUUGUUCAAAUCAGCAUAACUUUCGCUUCGCUCCUCCAAGAAAGAGAAACACGUAUUAAAAUACCCUUCCUGACCCUUGGAACACCAAAGUGUAUAUACACGAUAUACCUAGGCUGUAUAUACACGAGAAAAAGGUUUCACAAAACGCUUAUCUAAGCUUUAUAUGACAUAGACCGAGAGGUUGUAUGGAAAAUUCUGUCAGCUUUUUUCUUUGUCUUUGUUUAAUUGAUAUUGUGUGAAAACUACAACUUUAAACUUUUUAGUUAGAAAUUAAUAUCGAUUCGCCAUAUAAAAUCGACUCGCCUAUGUGUAUAGUUCGUGUUUAUAGAUAGUAUAUUUCAGACUGCAUUUCUUUUGUUCUGUUUUAGAGGUGGUACCACGAAAGAAGUUCCUAGACGUGGCGCUACUGUCGGCGCUAACAACAAUGUAGCUUUGAUAGUUCCUCAUACCACACCACUUCUUUCGUGUUACGGCCUCUACUUGUGGAUUAGGUAUUUAUUUUGUUGUCUCUGGUUCUAAGUCUAUGAUAUUUGUUAAUUAAUUGAUCAGCAAUAAAAUUUAUUUCACCUAAUUGGCUGCA